AUGGCCCUAAAACGGAUUCAGAAGGUGAGAGAACCCGCUCGGCCAGCCGGGGGCUAAAUGGCGGCUGGAGGGAGCCCCGGGCCCAGCCCUGCCCCCGCCAUACACCAGGCCUGCCGUAAAACGGCCUCUAACGAUAGCAGGGGAUCAGACGGCGGCCCGCGGGCCUUGUCACGGAAAGGAGGGGGUAUGACUAACAACCGUAAUGCGAACAGAGCUGGCGGCGGAACCAAGGACACCGCGGUACCGUUGCCACAUAGUGAGCCGUUUAUGGAAGCGCCCGCGCAUGCGCACAACCCGGAGAACAGCCUCUCCCACACAGUGCCGCGCGGUGCGCAUGCGCCGCUCUGUCUCAGUGGCGGAAGUGGUGCUUUGCGCAUGCGCUUUGAGUCGAAUUGCUUCUGGGCUUCGUUGCGCAUUAGCUGUGAGUGACAGCUGCACACACCUCCUCCUCUGUCUCCAGUAUCACUGCCAGAUAGUGAUCCCAGACCAGCUGCUGGGGACAGACCUUACAUGGGAAGAGGGGACGGGGGGGGAGGGAGAGAGGACACAUAUAUCACAACCAUGGGGCAAACAGUAAUUUCAUCAUGUCUUAACAGUUAAUUGGACAUGUGUUAUGGAGAGUAUGUUAUUAAACCAGUAGGGAUAUCAAUGAUUGUAUACCUCCAGAUGUGAUGGGUGUUUAAUAUGAAUUGUAGGCCAAGUUGUUUUUAUAUAAACAAAUGUGGUGUUUUGUGGCUUUCAGAGGCUCGAGAAGCAUGGUUGGACCACUGGUAGUAACGUGAUUUCCAGGGAUGCCGAUUACAAAAUGUAUUACGGAUCAGAAACUGUAUAGCAGUUCUGUCUGUAAUGGAUCACAAACCUUAUAUGUGUAAAUAAAUUAUUUGCUGAAACCUAAAGUCUUGUAUUUAAAACUACAAAAAUAUGGAAGGCCAUCAUGAUGCUGUGUUUUUAAAAGUGGUUUCCAACAUUGUAAAAAUGGAGUGAAUAUUAGUGAAAGUGUCAGCAGGUGUGCAUGGAGAUUUACUCAGUUUUAUAACUGUGCAGCACUUAUCAGAUUAUUCCCAUUAAAUGGACACUCCAGAUCCCUAAAUAACUUCUGCUUAGUAAAGUGCUAAUGUGCGAAAAGCAUCUUUUUUUUUGUUUUGUUUUUCUUUUCUAAACGUACUGAUUUCAAAUUGAAUUUGACACUCUUAUAAAUUUAAUUGUGAAACCGACUUGUUGCCAUUGAGAUAAAUGCUCCUGUUACUUCCUGGUUGCUUAGCUCAGUGGAGUUAAAGGGACUCUCCAGUGCCAGGAAAACAAAUCCAUUUUCCUGGCACUGACCCUGCAGUGCUCCCAUCCCAUGUUGCUGAAGGGGUUAAAACACCUUCAGUGACUUACCUGAAUCCAGUGCCGAUGUCUCUCAGGUGGUGCUGGGCCAGGCUCUGCCCAAGCUCGGGGAAGAUCUAACGCGCAUCCUAUAAGGAUUUUGGCGACGCUGGAGGUCCUCAUGCAUAGCAUGAGCACGUGCAGCGUCAUUUAAAACACUUUUCAUGUUUUAAGAACAUGGAAGUCCCUCUAGUGGCUGUCUGAGGAGGACUUAACCCUGCAAGGUAAUUAUUGCAGUUUAUAAAAACUGCAAUAAUUACACUUGCAGGAUUAAGGGUGAUGGGAGUUGGCACCCAGACCUCUCCAAUGGGCAGAAGUGGUCUGGUAGCCUGAAGUGUCCCUUUAAACUCAAGAUUGUGAAUUAAUGUUUUCUUAUAACCACAGUCAACAGGGUAUCCACUGAGAUAAAUAAUGCACAGGAAAGGCCUUCAUAAUACCCAAUAAUCUAUUGUGGGGGAAAAAAAAAAAAAUACAUGCGCAAACCACACACACAUAAGUCAGGCAAAUGUGUCAUAAUAAUACCUUGCAUAAUACAAUGCCCACAUAAGCACUCAAGGUUGGGGAGGACAAAAAAAUAAACUAAAUAUUUUGUGUCUACUAUGAGAUUCUUUCUCAAGACUAGAACACCCCGGUGUAACAACCAACUUUAAAAAGAUUGCACAAGGCAAAACAUUCCUCAUCCAGACUAACAGCUCACUUUUACAGCCUGCAGAAAAGGGAAAAAACAUUGGUUUUUGAAAGCUAAAUGCAAGAGGAUGCAAGCUCCUGCCUUGCAGAUACUUCUCAUUGGGGAGUCUGUGAUUGGGCAGCCACAGUCUGAACGGAGUUGGAGGGGAAGGACUUGCAAAGAUCUAGAGACAAGAGAACUGCAGAUUCUUCAAGUUAUUUUUGGAUAAUCUCCUAAUUGAAAAAAAUGCAUGCAUAUUUUCAUUGGGGAAUAUCUAUUAAAAAGUGAUUUUUACUUUGUUGUUUGUGGGCAGUUAGUCUCUCUUUAAAAUACAUUGUUUUGAUUCAUUGCUUUCCUAUGGUGAAGACCUAAUGGUGUGCGGUGCUCGCAACACGUGUGCAUUAUGUCCCCCCUCACAAUGACAUGAGAGGAGGUGGAGCCAGCGCCUAGGGACUUUGCUGGAAUCGGUUAAGUGUUUUUAACCCUUUCAUUGCAUGGGGGAAGAUAUAAGAGUAUAGCUUUGUUCCUUUAAGCUUAUACACUGUAUAAAGUGAGAUGGUAUAAAAGUAGGCAGGCAAGAAAGACAAUGCCCUACAACAGCAUGAGAGGACUAUGGGCUCAAUUUAAUAUUGUUCAAUAAGCCUUUCACAAGAUGUAAUAUUUUUGAUAAAUGAUUAAUAUAUGUUUUUUUCAAAAUAUUGCAAAUAUAAAAUAUUUUUCAUCAAUAAUUGUGGAAGUUAAUGCAAGCAUAUGAAAUAAUUUGCAACGCUUAUCAAGCAAUAUUAAAUUGAGGCCUAUGUCCAUUAAAUAUGUCAAGUUACUACAGAAUUACGAGUUCUAGUGGAAAGAGUUGAAUUAUAUUUUUUGAGGACGUAUGUAAUACAGGAGUGAGUUCUAUGAAAUGGGCAGUUAAUUACAACUUUCAUAAUGUUAGGUUGCUUUAAAAAAAGGUUAAGUUGGUUUAGACUCUUGUUUUCCUUCUUUUUUCUUGUCCUUUUUUUUUUUUUCUCAACGAAAAUGCUACAUACCGAAGAGUGUAUCCCUUCUGAAAUCAAACUUGAUAUGACAUCUCUUCCUUCCUUCUGAUGAUCAUACUUCUCCUUUCUGUUAUAACGUGUGCAAACUAAAAGUAUUUCAUGCCAUAAAUGAAAUAUACAUGUCUAGCUUUUAGAUGCCUUUCAAGCAACAGCAACUUUUAUAAAAAGAUGCAAUUACUUUCCCCUCCACACUAAUCACUCUUUUGUAAAUUAAUUUUAUUUUUUAAUAAAUUGAGUAAACUGUUUACAUUUUUGUUUCUAUAACUAAAUAUUCUCCCUUCACUCUAUUUAGGAGCUGAUGGAUUUACAAAGGGAUCCCCCCGCACAAUGCUCAGCAGGACCUGUGGGAGAGGACUGUACGUAAUUAAUACUUAUUAAAAUGUUCUAAAAUAUACAAAGGCAAUCAAAAAAUGGCCUGUCUCUGUAAUCAUUACACUUAUAGAUAGGAAGUGUGUUCUCAGCCAGAAGUGAGAGCUUAUUGGCUGAGAGUGUUAGCUAAUUGCUGUCAGUCAAUGAGCUAAACCCUGCACCACCAGGAUUAGCUGAGAGCUUCCACCUAGGAGGAGGCAAAGAAUGGCGCCAGCAAAAAAAAAGUAAGAAGUUAAACCAUUCCUGAACGGUUUGACUACUUACAUUGAGCAUACUCCUGGCAACACAACCACUGCAAUGCAUUGGUUAUGGUGCUUGUAGUGUUCCUUUAAAUUCCACUGUCAUUUACUAUAGUUCUAUAUUCUAGCCUCUAGCACACUAGCUCUAGAUGGAAAACCUUUACUUGUAUUGGUGCAUAUUUCUUUUUGGAGUUUUUAAACCUUUAAUUUGUGCUGUUAAUGUAUGUUGGCACCAUGAGGCUGUAACUGAUUGUAUUCUCUCUUUAUUGUGUAAAAUUACAGGAAUGAUUACUAUUUACAUAAGAUUUUUAUGCUGUAUAUCUUUAAGUAGAUAUAUCUUUGCUGCUAACAAUGCACUUUAAAUUUAGGACAGUGCUUUGUCAAGUAAAUAUCCGCCAAGUUGUGUCUCUCUGUAUUUCAGUGUUUCACUGGCAGGCGACUAUCAUGGGUCCUGUAAGUAUCUUCAUCUGCCCUUUCUGCAUCUUUGUUCUUUGAGUCUAUUCCAUUUGCUAAUCGCAUGUUUUCUAAAGUGUCAUUUAUAUUCAUACACAUUGUCUGUGCAAGGUAAAGGAACAAUCUAGGCACCAUAACUACUCUACCUGAAGUGGUUAUAAUGCCUGGAAUCCCCAGGCACCGGCCCAAAGAUCAUUGUUAAACCAAUUUCAAACCGUUUCACAUUGAAUGAGGCCUCUGGCUGCCUGAAGCCUGACCCCUCCGUGCUGCUCAGACUAAUACUGCAUUAGCCAGAGCAGCAAUGGGUGUCAGUGAUAAGCUUAGGCUGUCAGUUGAACUCUAUAACUCCCAGAGAAAGCCUUUAAGCCCCCACCCCAUAAGACCCAAAUAUUUGUGGGUCUCUAAAAAAUACAAAUGGCAAAACAGCAAAAUUAAACCUAUGCCUGAUGGAAAUGUACUGCAUUUAAUUUUUAAUUUGGCUCUUGAUAAGUAACUGAAAUUCUACAGUUCUUAAAACAAUGCAGUUUAUUUUUCAGACCACUGUAGCUUUUGCUUCAGAAUAAUCUUUAAAGUAGGAAACAAUGGCCAAAUUUGCAUACACAAAUUUGUAAUUUGGCUGGAAUUUCUGAACUAGGCAAGUCCAAUGUCAGAACCUUGCUCGUGCUUUGUAAAGUUAUUCUAUGUAAGGAGCAGGGCUGCUAGGUUUAUUUUUGCAAAAAGUGAAUGUUGUUUGCAGGUUUUUGCUGAAUAUAAUAUCUGUUACAUUGUGAACUAACAACAAUUUAGUGUAUUUUGUAGAUUUUGAAAUCCUCUAUAUAUUAUUUAUAUAACGCAUUGCAAUUCUUUCUGUGUACUCCUAAUGUAAAAAGUGAAGUCUAAGUGUGCUCUAUUUUCUCGCUGUAUUCCUAAUUCAUAAAGUGAAAGUCUAAAUGUGUUCUAACUAUUUUCUCACAAUUACAGAAUGACAGCCCAUUCCAAGGUGGUGUUUUCUUCCUCACAAUUCACUUUCCUACAGAUUACCCUUUCAAACCCCCCAAGGUAAACAGAAUGUGGAAUAUGGGACUUAUCAAGCAAUGUAAUAGACUUUUUGAACGUGAUAGAUUACGUUGGUAAUUUAAAUGGUUAUUAUAAGCAACUGACUAACCCUGACUUUGAGUUUGAUUCUGUUUUCACAGGUAGCAUUCACUACAAAAAUCUAUCACCCUAACAUCAACAGUAACGGUAGCAUCUGCCUUGAUAUCCUUCGGAGCCAAUGGUCACCAGCACUGACCGUGUCCAAAGGUCAGUGGACAUACUGAUUUCUCUCUCUUUAUGCUGAUUUCCUCUGUUACUCUUUUUAGAACAGUGCUGUUUUCUUACAUACACUACCCACUUACUGCAGGAGGUACGGUCUGGUUGACCCUGAUUUGCAUUGGACAGUAGAACGUUGGUGCGUCACUAUGUCAUUAAAAUGCUAUGGAUGCAAAGGUUGAUUUUCCAUUUUAUUCAACCACCUUUACCAAGGUAACGAUAGUGGCCUAAAAAAGCUAAAUAUUCUAACUCAUUCUAGAGAACCAAGAUGUGAAGCAGGGAGUCAGUGAGCUUUCAUUCUUUCUAGGUUGUCAUUAAAGGGACACUACAGUCACCAGAACAACUAAAACUGAUUGUAUUUGUUCUGGUGAGUAGAAUCAUUCCCCUUUUGGCUUUUUGCAAUAAACACUGUAUUUUCAGAGAAAAUGCAGUGUUUACAUUAGUAUAGUUAUAACUACACUGGCUAUUCCUUAUAUGGCUACUAGAGGUGCUUCCUGGGGCAGUGCUGCACAUUGUGCAGCACUGUUAUUCCGUGUCUGCUCAAUCUGCAUGGAGACACUGAACUUUUCUCAGAGAUGCAUUGAUUCAGUGCAUCUCUAUGAGGAGGUGCUGAUUGGCCAGGGAUGUGUUUGGUUUGCGCUGGCUGUGCCCCUGAUCUAUCUCCUUGACAGUCUCAGCCAAUCCAAAGGAAAGCAUUAUGAUUGGUUCAGAGAAUCACUUCUGAUGAUGUCAGCCAAACAGGCAGAGGCAGCAUCUGCAGACUUGUAUUCAAGUAAGAUUUUACAAUAUUUAGAGAUGCCGGGGAGCUAGAUAGUUUUAACACUAUAGAGUCAUAAAUACAUGUUUGUGUUCGUGACCCUAUAGCGUUCCUUUUAAACACUGUAGUGGGCUCUGAGAUGGUCAGUGAGUGUUUAGAUGAUCCACCUGAAGAGUUAAUAUUUAACUCAGAGAUUGUUCAUUAGUGCAGGAACAGAUUUAAACUGGCACCUGAGAAACCUGAUGUUAUCUGGAUGCCCAGGUAUAUACUGACAGUCCUUGCUGAGGUAGAGUGGGAUCUGUUCCUAAGGACAACCUGCUUCGAAUAGAUAGAGGUGUAGGAUUGCAUUUUCACAUGAAAAUUGCCAAAUAAGCAACCUAUAAGUUGCUUUUCAUGGCGUGUUUAAAGGGACUCUAUAUGCAUCUAGACCACUUAAUGUCAAUUAAGUGGUCUGUGUUCAAUGUCUAUAUAUGUUAACCCUGCAGCUGAAAACGUGUAUUGCAGGAAUGGCAGCGUUUUCAUUGCAGGUUUAACACUACUCUAGUGGCUUUCAGGAAUACAGUUAUAGCUCAAAUGUCUCUCAUUAAGAGUUUGAUUGGUGCAGUGUGGCAUGUUGCUGCACAUGUGCACUAGCCUCCCAAUGCUUCCCUCUUUGGCGUAGAUCAUUGAGACUGGUUAUCUCAGUCAAAAAGUCAGAAUGCCAGCAGGGAGACCAGUGCUAUGAAAUGUAAGGUAAUCUUUAAAUAUUUCAAAACCCUCCAAGGGGGGGGUGAACACUGACUUAGAUAUAUGUCUACUAUAUUAUUAGCAAUACAUGUAUGUAUUACUAAUGCUAUAGUGUUCCUUUAGCUAUCUAUGAUGGAACGAAUUCUGACUCAUUAUUGCAAAACUAACUUCUAAAUUUCUUCUUAUUCCGAUUUCUGUGUAUUAGUAUUGAUGGUUUUAUCAUUUGUUCUCCAAACUGUGGUUGCUUUAAAACACACAACAUCCUUGGCACUUUUUAAGAUUGAAAAACUGGUUUUCUUUCAGUUUAAUUAAUAUUCACAUUGACUGUGUUGGAAUGUUUGGAAAAUUGCAACAAAAUUAAAGAGAUCACAAGACAAAAAAGGAAUCCACUUUAAAUGAGAUCAGAUCGUAUUACAUGUGGAUGAUGGCUCCUGUAAAAAAGAACUACUGACUAAGUAUUGUAAGAGUUGUUACUCACAUCAUCUACAUCAUGGGUCAUCAACCUGGUCCCUACCCCCCACUAGUGGGCGUUUCAGGAUUCCAGGUGGGUGGUAGGGAUUUCCUCAUUUUGAGAGAUUGGGCGGGCAGGUGCGAUCCUGCGGUACCCCUGCAACCGGGUACCUGCAUGCAAGGAGUUCAUCGGGUGGCCCAUGCUGUCAGGGCCACCCGAUGGUUAUGGAUUGUAAGAGGGCCCGGUCAGCGCGACCGGGCUAACUGUGAUUACAUCACACAACGCUGGGAGGAAGUGACUACACGUCACUCCUCCCAGCUAACACACAGACCGCACGGGAGGAAGCAGAGGGAGUCAGAGUGGGAACUCUGACUCCCAUCCACCUGAGCCACCACUGGACCUCAGGGAAUGUCACCCUCCUGCACCUAAAAGGUAGGAAACAGGAGGGUGACUAAAACAUUGUGUGUGUUUGUUUGUGUGUAUGUGUCUUUGUAUGUAAGUCUUGUGUGUGCGUAUUUGUCUUGUCUUUGUAUGUAUGUGUGUGUGUCUUAUGUGUGUGUCUAUGUAUGUAUGUAUGUAUGUAUGUAUGUGUGCCUGUCUGUUAUAGUGGGCUAUAGUAAGUGAUAGUAAGUGGGCUACCUAGCUCAGCCUUCCUACUGGGCAUUGCUAUAAGGAAGGUUAAAAAAUAGAAAAAAGUUAAAAAAACAAAAAGUGGGGAGGGGAAUUGAGGAGGGGAGCAGACGCACAGAUGAGAAAUCAUAUUAUGAGCAAACAGAGAAGUCGUCUGAAUAUCACCAAAAGAGGAGACCUUCGUUUGUUCCUUACGUAAAUUGAACCAGAUAUCAAAUAUUUAGACUCGCAGCAUCAGCCUCAAGGAUCCCAUUAAUCACUAGUAAAGGUAAUUUCAAUUUACCUUGUUUUCUCAUUAAACUUUAUAAAGUUAAAAACAUUAUAAACAUGCAUAAAGUGGAAAUAAAAAGAUAAAUGUACGUACAUUUAUUUAUUUUUUUAAAACACCCCCCCUUUCUAAAAUAUUCUGCACUUGCGCGAAAACUGGUGGGCGAUAAGGACAUUUUUCCAUCAAGAAAGAUGCAUUAGUGGGCGGUAGGUAGAAAAAGGUUGACUACCACUGAUCUACAGUGCCAUGGGUUAGCUAUCACUGUGCUAGACUGUAACACCUUCAAUUUGAUUAGAAUAUGAUUUGACAGGCAAUCAUGGUCACUCCAGCUGCUCUGGUAAAAUAAUCCAAGCAAUCCUUACACAGUAUUGGUUGUGUAGGUCUCAGCAUCUAGCUUUACAGAGGCAUUAAAUCCCUGCUGAUAAAUAGAUGGUGAUUUAUCUCUUGAAACAAAAACGGGCGGUUUCCUCUAAUCUCAGAACAAUAAAAUGCUUUUAGAUUAUAUUAUUUAUGUAACGCUUACUACAAAUUUGCAUAAGGAAACAGGGCCUGCUGUGCAUGGUAAGUCGAUUCUCCAUCCGGUUACAGUGCCCUACAGGAAAGAGACUAUUUAUAUUUACUAGACUUUUUUUUUUUUUUUUAUAUAGCUAUAUUGAGUACCGGUACAUUUAACAUACUUCUGAACUCUAGUAAAAAUGUUCACCUAGUGAUGCCUCAUCUAACCCCCUUUUGACUUUCUCCUUUUAAAGAAUCCUUUAACUUGAAAUAAUGUGGAUAGAUGAUAAAUUUUAUGUAACUCUUUUUACUUCCUGAAACUGAUCCAUGCCCGCUCCCCCCCCCCCCACUUACUCUGCGUGGGCUGGGUCCGCAACACAUGGUGUUAUUGAACGACCGCGGUAUGUGCGCCAGUGCAUGCAGAUACACAUACACUUAAAGGACCACUACAGACACCCAGAUCACAUCAGCUCAAUGAUGUGGUCUGGGUGUCAGGUCCCUCUAGUUGUAACCCUGCAGCUGAAAACAUAGCAGGUUCAGAGCGUCCAGAGGAAAGCAUUGAGAAAUGCUUUCCUAUGGACACUUUGAAUGCGCGCACACAUGGCACUUGCGCAUUAGCUCCAGUGACGUCAGACCGAGGAGCUGACGUCGGACGGGGAGGAGAGGUCACCAGCGCCAAGGAAAUCCGGCGCUGGAUUAAGGUAAGUGGCUGAAGGGCUUUUAACCCCUUCAGCGUCAAGGGAAGGAGACCCUGAGGGUGGGGGCACUAUAGUGUCAGGAAAACUGCUUUGUUUUCCUGACACUAUAGUGAUCCUUUAAGUAACAUCUGAUUAAAAAGGAAACCUUUUUUUCUUGCAGGCUGUGUCAAUCACAGCCAGGGGAGUUGUGGCUAGGGAUACAGAAACAAAAGUGAUUUAACUCCUAAAUGGCAUAGGAUUAAGCAGUAAUACGUCAGAGGCAUGAUCUAUACACCAAAACUACUUCAUUAAAAUAAAGUUUUUUUUGGUGACUAUAGUGUCCCUUUAAAGAUGAAUGUUCCAACAUAAUAGGUAUUAUCAUUAUAGGAUGCCUUUUCAGUAGUCUUUUCUGCAUUGUCUCCAUGUUCUUUAGAUUACUAUAAGGCCAUAUAUUAUGAAAGCUGGAAGGCAAAUGAUGUGAAAAUGUGACUAAAGAAGCAUUGUUUGUAUUUACAUCCACCUGUACCUUUUACACUUUCAGUUCUGCUAUCAAUCUGCUCUCUUCUCUGUGACCCAAACCCAGAUGACCCUCUGGUGCCAGAGAUUGCCCACACGUAUAAAGCAGACCGGGAAAAGUAAGUGAGAUUUAAGAGAGAAUACAGCAUACACAAAUUUAUCCACUCCAUGGCUUCCCAGUGCUGUGAGGCUCCAGCUCUUGUAUUGAUACAAGCUUUUAUUCUAGUACAAUUGUUUCAAUAGUUCUUUUGCAUAGUUCCAAUCUAAAUUGUAAAUCUGCUUGACAAGACGGAAUGUGAUUUCUGGGAUACUUCUGCUUUAUUAUUUACGCGUAAGUCUGUAAUACACUUUAGCAUGGUUCUCUGCUCAUCAGUCAUUUAUACUUCACAUGUAGCAACUAUAUGUUACACAAUACAUUCAAUGUGUUUGCGUGUGAAUGAUAACACGUUGGGUGGGAAAAAUAGAAUUUUGUCCAGCUGUACAAAAUGCAAGGAUUUUGUCCAGCUGUACAAAAUCCUUGCAUAGUUGUCCAAGAAAAAAAAGGUAAGGGUGUGAGAAUGUCUGCCAAGUCCUAAAGGGAAACUUUCUCCAGUUACUGUUGAUGAAGAUCUACUUUUUAGUUUGCUUAUUAGUGCAUUAUACAAUCCAAUUCAUAAAGCAAUGGAGACACAUUUCUACUCCAAGGUUUCUUAUAAAUAUGGGUGUGGUUGUUUAAACCCUAUGGAUUCAUGUUUUUAAAUAAGUAAUAAAAAAUAUCACUUCAGGACCAAAUUAGUUUAAAGGAACACUAUAGGGUCAGGAACACAAGCAUGUAUUCCUGACCUUAUAGUGUUUAAUCCACCAUUUAGUUGGCUUAACCGUAACUAGAAAAGGUGAAAACUCACCAUAUUUCCAGCACCGCGCAGGACUUCUGACACGGGCCCCACCCCAGAUCCACCUCCUUGGUGACCUCAUCAAAAUUGCCAAUUUUUAGCCAAUCCAAUGCUUUCCCAUAGGAGGGUAAAACGCCAUUUUAGCCAAUUAGCACCUCCUCAUAGAGAUGCAUUGAAUCAAUGCAUCUCUAUGAGGAAAAUUCGGUGUCCCCGUUCAUCGCGUAGAAUCGCUGAACGGCAGUGCUGCCUACUGUGCAACACUGCCCCAGGAAGCACAGUCAGUGGCCAUCUGAGGAUUGGCCACUUGGAGGUGUCCCUAAGGGGCAAUGUUUGCAUUAAAAUGCCUUAAGGCAAUGGUUACUCACCAGAACAACUACAGAUGGUCCUCGUUUUGCAACCUACCUGUUUUACGAUGGCUCGCACUUACGACCAGAUCUCCGUCGUGGGAAUUGGAAGGAUUCCCUGCCCUGUUGAGUUCGUCUGUGUUCGGGGAUAUUUCCCCCGAACAUAAAAGAACGCAGCAGAGAAGGGAAUCCCUUAACUCCUCACUUACCGACCAAUUCGUUCUACGAUUAGGUCGUAGGAAAGGAACCCCGUCGGUAAGUAAGGAGUAUCUGUACAUUAAGCUAUAGUUGUUCUGGUGACUAUAGUGUCCCUUUAAGAGCUGUUUUUAAGUAUCAGUUAAGCUAUAAUCAUACUAAGCAUGAUAGGAGUUGUAGUGCAGCAGGGGCAGGCAACUUGCCUAGGACAUAAAUACCCACCAGAGUGUUUUUUUUUUGUGUGGUUUUUUUGGUUUGUUUUUUUUCCUCUCUGACAUCUGCACCAAGUAAAGAUAGAGCUCAAAAACCAAAACAGUUUUAUUAGGGUUGUGGCAAUUUAAAAAAACAAAAACAAAACAAAAUCUGCUUUUCCAAAAAAUAAAGCAGUAUCCCAAACUACUGUCCGUUUUAACAAUAUGUUUGUCCUGACACAAAAAAAUUUCAGAUUGGGGUACCUGUCUACACUCAGACUGGGUUAUUCACUAAACUCUGAAUUUACACAAAGUCAAUCCAAAUGGAAAAACUGAAACAAAAAAAAAAAGCCAUUCUGGAAACAAAGCAAGAGUCACAAACAUUCAAGUUUCAUUUGUAAAUAUUUGUAUAUUUGUAAAUUUAUAGGAUAGCCCUGUGUGUGCAAGCAGUCUGUGUGUAAUGUGUGCGGUGUGUUUUGGCUGUGUGUGUGUGUGCAAUGUUUGCUGACUGUGUGUAAUGUGUGCUGUGUCUUUCCCCUUCCUGAUUAGCUUUCUGCAGGGAGGGGGACUGUGGCAUCUGGUGGCAUUUAGGGGUUACAGUCCCUAAUGGUUUACUAGUUUGAAGUCCCCGGUGAUCCUGUGUGAGAGUGUGCGGUCUGCACACCACAGUAAUAGAUUUUUAGCUGUCUGGUGUAUACUGGAAAUCCAGACUGCUGCACUAUGACUUAUUAGUGUGUGCUGGACCGCACUACUGUGAUUAUUGUGGACUGCAUCUCCAGCUCCCUGGCACUAAACCUCCCUGCCUCAGGGCAAAUAACUGCCACCCGGAUUUAUACGUUCUGGGUGUUGGCUGAUCAGAAUCUCACACCCCCGUUUGUUUUUCUUUUUACAAAGCUGAGCGUUAAAUUACUUGAGAGUGAUGUAGCAGGAGCUUUGAUACAGUUUGGGUUAUUCAGUUAAGACUCGAUUAUGUCCAGAUGAGGGCUCUAAAUAAUUAAACAAUUUAAAUGUCCAGUCCCUCUAACCUCAAAUAAUGGUAUGUUCCCCAUUAAAAUGAAUUAACCCUACGUACUCUACUGCUCCCUAAUAGUGAGGGCGGUUUUUGUUUUCUUGUAUUUGUUUUAUUGCCUUUCCUUUACUAUUAUUAUGGUGACACGGGUAGAUAGAGUUCUAUUUUUAUUUUUUUAUUAGGUUGUUCCCUGAAUAUUAUAAUUAUGGGAGGACAUUGUGGUUAGGGCCAGGGGAAGAACAUUAAGUCCUACAUCUUUAAUAUUCUUAUUAGAGUGGUCCCUACCUGCUGUUCAUUGAUGGGGGGGGGCGAUGGGAUGACAUUAGGUCCCACCCCCUUUAAUAUUAUAAUUAGGGCCCCAGGCCACCGUCAAUGUGUGGGACUGUGUUAUGGACAUUUGGUUACUCCCCCUUAUAUUAUAAGCGCCCCCACAUAUGGUUUUUCAUCUGUACAUCCCUCAUUAUUUAUUAUAAUUUUCCCAUACCAUGAUGCUCAAGUUAACAUGGGGCCUUUCUACCGAAUGGGCCGCAAUUACUGCCAAGUGUCUAAUUUUAAGAAUUUAGCAAAUAUGUCCACACCUGUCACAUGGCAGGUGGGUGCAUAGGGAGGUUUUAAACCCCCUUAAAAUAAUAUGGGGGACUUCUUGACCCACAUAUACUUUUAAUUCAUUUUUUUAUUUAUAAACCGUUGCACAGCUGAGUGUUUAACUAUUUGCCAACUGGUUGGGCCUGGAUUUGAAGCUUUCGGUCUGGAUUUCAGUCAUCUGAACCAGAUUUGGGUGCCCAAAUCGCAAAUACCAGACAAUGUUGAAUACAUGAAAAAUUUCUAGAUUUUGAAGUACCCCUCAUGAAAGUAUUUUUUUUUUAUUAAUUUAAAUUCCAAAUGAAACAUAAACACUCAUAUUUCAGUUAAUCAUAUGUUGGAGAACAAGCAUGAUUAAAGGUAGAGUGUAGUCACUACAAACAAACAAAAAUUAAAAUAACCUAUUGCAGCAUAUGUGUGGGCAUUUAUACAUUGAAAAAGAACAGGCGUCUGAAACGUCUUUUUAAAUGUGGGUUUCAUACGUGUGCCCUUUCUACUAAGUUGCGCAUUGUGUUGCAUCUAGUUUACUUGCCUGAUUAAAGGUAGUAAAGAAUAUUUGUAAAAUAAAUGACAAUGUGAAUAUUGUGUAUGUAAGAGGAGCGUAUGAAGUAUAAAAGUCACAAAAUGAAAAUAUACUACCGACAUAAUAGUUACACACAGAGGACACAUACACCUAAACAUACACAUUUACACAUAGGAAACUGACACACACACACUUUUACACAGAGAGGAAACAAACACUUUUACACACAUUUGGAAACACUGAUACACUCUCAUUAAUUUGCCACAUACUGACAGACACAUAAACACUAACUGACACACGCACACACACAGUUACAGACAGAGGACACUGACACACAUAGAUUCAUUGACAGGCACACAAACUGAUUUUACACACUGACACCCACUCACUAAUUUAACACACUGAUGGACAUAUAUUCUCUCAAACACAGUCACAAAUUAUUUUCUAUUUAAAUUCAUCCAGUCUCUCUACCUUUGGAAGAGCGGGAGUGGAUCCUUUCCCUGGGGUCCAGUGUGGGGCUUGUGUAAUCUUCAUGCUCUUUCAGAAGUGCUCUCUCGUGCACAGUUUAGUGAUGCUGGGGCUGAAGUAACAUCGGAACCUGCAUCACCGCAGGGCGUGCGAGGGAGCAGUUCUGGAAGUUAAUGAAGAUUACAGCUCCCUCUCUGCCUCCAUUCUCCCUCUCCACACUGUAUUUGGGCAGAGUAGGAACCUGCCUACUCUAUCUUGGCGCACAGCCGACGCCAAGGUGACUAGCCAGUCAGCUCUUCACAAGAAUCUAGACUAGGGCAUGCUGUAUGUUGUCACCAGAAGGAAAAGUUGCACAAAACUGGUGUUAUUAGCCAGGAAGAUGUUAUAAGGAAGACAAAUUUAAACGCUGUCGAUAAGACUAUUUUAACAGACUAUUAGUGCGAUGACAACGUGUCACAUUGUGUCCAGCUCUGAGUGGGAUUACAUUAAUUACUCUGGAUUAACAAGGAUGUCACAUGGCCAUUGUACUGAGGGACAUAAAAACGCACCCUUAAGGACCACACUGAGUAAUCCAUGUAUUAUUUAGUCCACAUUGACCAAUACAUCCAUUUAAUAAGAAUUUUGAAAGAUAUAAAUGCCCAUGUGCCAUUCCAAUUGAUAGGCCCUAUUUGCCUUGAUUUACACAAAUACAGCACCCCUCUUAAACUGAAUAUUUCUGGAAUGUAAGUCAUUGCUUAUAUUUACUUAUUUUAAAUAGAUUUUUGUAUUAUUAUCCCUAAGCCAUGUUAUUAACUAAAAUAAUAUAUUGGAUGGAACACUGAAUUACAAAAUGUAGCGUAAUAUGACCAUGCUCUGAAUAAACCCUAAGGUAAUGCUACAUUUACUCAAAAUGGUGUCUUUCUCCUAGAGGGCUAGAGUCUCUCCUAAAAGAGAUUGUUUGUGGUGCCAGUAUGGCCAUUAUGAAUUUCACUGCAUUGCUUAUACAGAGCCAAUCCUGAUAUUCACCUUCCCACUCUAAUGAUGUUAUAGUACUUAUUAUUUGCUUAACAUAAUUCAGUUGUAAUUCUUUCUCUGUUCUGUUUUUAUUGUUUUUCUUUUUUCUUUUCUCUGCAGGUAUAACAGACUAGCACGAGAAUGGACACAGAAAUAUGCAAUGUAA